AUGGAGAUUCUCUGUCCCUCAGCUUCCUUUCUCUCCAAUUAUGUGAUUACCUUUAUCAUCAUCCUCAAGAAGCCAACACUGGCCUCAGGAAAGUUCUCAGUGAUUGGACCUGCAGAACCCAUCCAGGCCUCACUUGGGGGAGUGGCAGAAUUAUCAUGUUACCUGUCCCCAUCUCAGAGUGCUCAACACAUGGAGGUGGUCUGGUUCCAUUCCACUCAUGUGGUACAUGUCUAUCGAGAUGGGGAGGAUCAGUUUGGAGACCAGGCCCCUAAUUACCAAGGGAGGACAGAGCUGAAGAGAGAUGCUAUCACAAGUGGGAAUGUCACCCUGAAGAUAUGGGAUGUGAGAUACUUGGAUUCAGGAAGGUACAUGUGUCUUCUUUCGAAUGGGUUUCACCAAGAGGAAGCUGACAUGGAGCUGAAGGUCUUAGUCCAUUCUUGCAGGUCAUUUCCCUGGAUGAGAGGGAUUACUGGGAUCCUGGCUCUGACUUACUCACUUGAAAUACAAAUAGCUAUUUUUUAUACGUGGCUGAAGCACAAAUGCAGAGGGUUUCAACAAGAUGAAACAUCACCUUCUAAAGACUGGAAAUUUGAGGCAGCAUACCUUUUGCUGGUAGUUAUAAAGAUCAUUUCCAUGGUACUGCCAAUGUUAUACAUCAGGGAUCAAAGGCAGCAUCACAGCACUGAACCAGUCCCAAAGCUGACAAUAAGUACCUUACCAGGAAGAUGCCUUGGAUACAUAGAAAGCCUGUUUGCUGAAAAGAGGUAAACAGGAACCUAGAGUGAGUCAAAAGUCUUGCUCACUCCCAGACACUUUUGCUGGUGUUUGCUGGUUACUUUGUUGGACUGAGAACUUCAAACUGCCUUAAAUCAACCUUGUGAUCAACUAUUUCUGCAAUACACCCUGCUUUUGUGGAAAAGACUGUUCACCUUUUCCUGGAAAAGACUGUUCACUCUCAAUCCUACCCGCACCCCCAACCUCCUCUUUGUGGAUUUCAAACAUAAAUUGACCCUGCCUCUCCUAAGCUGGGGGCUUCCUUAUACUUUGCCUUGGCACU